GUGCUAUUACAGCACCACCGGGUCUCCUACACAGCUUUGUUGAGCACUAUUCCGGCAUUCUCAGCGUUUGAAGGUCGAAAACUUCGGAAUCCGUUGGCAAAACCGGAAAAUCUACUGCACAUCAUUAUGGAUCUUGUACAAACAGUUCGGAAAGAAGGCUCACGAGGUGGAGUAAACUUCUCGUGGGAUGACGUCAAAUCUAGUGCUCAUCGAGAGAACUAUCUCGGUCACUCACUCAAGGCUCCAGUAGGACGAUGGCAGACUGGAAAAGACCUCAACUGGUAUGCCAGAGCCGACGAUGCCGAUCUCACUCCUGAGGAAAGAGCCGAGCGGGAGAGGGAAAGAAAAUGCGAAGAACUGAAGUCGAUUAAACAAGCAGAGGAAGACGCCAUGGCUCGCGCGCUGGGCCUGCCAGUGCCUGAUCGCACUAACGCCAACAACGAACCCCUCGGUGAAACGAAGAUUACCCAAAGAGAGAUCAACAAGGCGCUCAAAGAGACUCUAGACGACGAUGAGACUGAAGAAGGAACCCAUGUUAUUGGGUUGAAGCCACACCACAUAACGAACAUCGCGAACGAAACAAGGACAGACAUCGAAGUCGGAGUCGAAGCCGAAGUCGUAGUGGAGACAGGAGGCGCGAACGACACCGCAACAGAUCGCGGGAUGGACGACGACGCGAUCACCACGAACGCCGAGACAGACACAUGGAGCACUCGCACUCGAGGCGCGAAGCGGGGGAUAGGCCAGGAGACCGCGAUGACCGGCGUGACGCGCGAUCGUGGAGACAUCAGAAAGACCGCUCACGAAGUCCAUUUCGAAGCGAGCGCCGCCGAGGCCACCGCAUUCGCUCAAGGUCGCCUGGCCAACCCUGCCGGGUCGUAA